AUGUCCUGCUCCAGCCUGUGCGUCCCUUCCUGUGGGGUGGCCGCCCCGGCCCCUCUGGCUAACACCGUCAACGAGCCCUGCGUGCGGCAGUGCCCCGACUCCACGGUGGUGAUCCAGCCCCCGGCCUCGGUGAUCACCUUCCCCGGGCCCAUCCUCAGCAACUUCCCGCAGCACAGCGUUGUUGGCUCGGCGGGAGUGCCCAGUGUUGCAGGGAGCUACGGUGGCAGUUAUGGAGGCUUUGGGGGCUAUGGAGGCCUUGGGGGCUAUGGAGGCCUUGGGGGCUAUGGAGGCUAUGGGCUUUAUGGGGGCUACGGAGCCUUUGGGGGUUGUGGAUAUGGCGGCUGGGCCCGAGGCCACAGGUACCUCAGUGGCAACUGCGGGCCCUGCUAA